AUGAUCUACAACUCGUCCUGGGCUCCCGAUGAGCCCCCCGACGUUCUCUAUGCCGAGAAGACAUGGCUGCAAGGGGCCCUCCUCAGUAACAUCGUGUACGGUGUAGAGCUGGCGCUUUUCAUUAUGUGCUUCAAGUUGCUCGUGCGGCAGAUGAACCGUACAAAUCGCAGGCGUCACUUGAUCCUACUCGUCUUCAUCAGUGUUCUUUUCAUCCUCGGAACGAUCUUCGUGUAUAGCUUGUCUGAGUUCACUCAGCUUGCGUUUAUCGAGCAGAGGAACUUCCCUGGUGGUCCAUCUGCCUACGAGAAUGAUAUGUUUUGGAUACCAGUAGACGAACUGGGAGUCGCUGUAUGGGUCAUCGGCAAUUGGUUAAUGGACCUGCUACUGGUCUGGCGCUGUAUCGUCAUAUUCUCUGCACUUCCAGGUGUCCCAAUCUGGGCGGUCGUCGUACUGCCUUCUAUUUUAUUCUGUGCCUCCUUCAGCCUAGGAGUGCUCUUCCUGGUGAAGACAUCACAUUCAUCACCAUACGGCUCUCCAAAGUUCACCAUUAUCUAUUUCGCCACGACGCUCGCGCUGAACGUCAUGGUCACUGUCUUCAUUGCGACCCGGCUAUUAUACUACCAGCGGCGCGCGCGGACAGUGUUUGGUGGGAUGCAUUUGCCGCAUUACUCGAACCUUGCCUCGAUUCUGGUCGAGUCUGCCGCUCUAUACUCGAUAUUCUCCAUCCUCUUCGUCGUGCCAUUGGCAUUGAACAAUCCACUAGGCUCGGUGUUCCUUCAAGCACUUGGCCAAGUGCAGACCGUCUCGUCUCUGUUGAUCAUAUAUCGCGUCGCACGAGGCAGAAGCUUCCCGGGAGACGAGAGUGUCCAGCUGUCGACCACCCAACGUUCGGCCCCUGAAAUUCGGCUCGGCCACAUGCCAAGCGUGCGUUCCUCCAUCUUUGAUAUGGGUAACGGUGUCAAGGGCGACACCCACAAGGAAGCACUUCCGAAUGGCGGCGUAAUGGUAACACACGAGGUGAUCAGCGACGAAAGUCGUUCGGUUGUCUGA